GCUGGAAACUUCAAAUAGAUUAAAUCGCCGGUACCGGUAUAAGUAAUAAUUUUAGCAAAUAAAUAAUCAAACCUGAAAUGGAAUGGACCUGAAACUUGAUGGUAACUAAUUUAUAGAAGAGCAAAUUACGAAGAAACAAAAAAUAAUCGAGAUUGUUUCUUUUGUAUUUGUGCCAUCCGAUUCUGAUUCUUAUACACCUAUACAUAUUCUGCAAGAAAUUUUGACCAAAAAUAAAAAAAUGGAAGUAUUUCAAGAUCCUGUUCAAUUUUCGAAGGGAAUCAAUCUAAGAGAAUUAAUGACCUCGUCAACAGAAUUUCAUAUAGACAUGGAUUUUAAAAACAAAUCGGACAUACUGUUGGAUGAUGAUCCGUUCCCUGAAGUAGAUGACGAUGAAGACAGUGACGUCGAAGACUUACUAAAGAACAUAGAAGAUGCCACAGACGAGUUAAUGCUCUCCUCGCCGGAAUAUUUGUCGUUCAAAGAACUUGCCGCCAAGAUGGUGGACUGCGUAUCCAGUGGAGAUGCAAAGAUUUUGAUCAUCGAAGAAGGUGAUGGUCCAUUAGUGCCAGUAGACGCGGAGGUGACGUUACACUAUGCUGCUUAUUGGGAAAAGACCAAGAUACCCUUCGAUACUACAUUGACAAUGAAUUCUGGAGCACCCAUAAAAAUCAAGUUAGGCACCGGCCGUUGCCUGCCGGGCGUCGAGAUAGGUGUGACCACGGUCCGGGGCCCCGCGGCCCGCUUCCACCUGCUGCUGCAGCCGCGGCUCGCGUGGGGCCCGCUCGGCGCCCCGCCCCGCGUGCGCCCCGACCCCGCCCUGUUCGUUAUAUCGCUGUACGACGUGAAGGACGUACACGCGGCCACUAGGUUUAACGACUUGCCGAUUGAGGUGCAAACAAAAUUCGAAACCACAAUGAAAACUGUUAAAGUGCUACAUUCGGAAGCGAAGUCCUUAUUCGCCAAGAAGAGGUACAAGAGAGCGAUCAAGAACUAUCAACAGUCCAUGAACGUGUUGAGUUUGUCUAUGCCCAAAGAUGAGAGCGAAGAAGCAGAGAUCAAAAAGUUGAAGGUGACAGUGUAUACUAAUUUAGCCGUGUGUUAUUGUAAAAUAGACAAGCCAAAAUAUGUGUUUAUUAUGUGUGAUAAUAUAGAUAGGAUUAGUAAUUUAGAUAACCAUUGUAAAGCUUUAUUUUACUGCGGCAAAGCGCAUGAGAUGCUAGGAAAACACGAUUUAGCAUUGAAAUAUUAUAAAAAAGCUUUGAAAUUGGAACCGAAAAAUAGAGAUAUAGGCAAAGCGCUUGCCGAUUUGGACGAUUACGUUAAAAAAUCAGCGGAAAAAGAAAAAACUUUGUGGCAGAAUGCUUUCAAGUCGGAGAAGAGAAAAGAAAAAGUUGUCUAUGAUGUGGAUGAGGAUUUUCAAAGUGGCGUCCGUGAUAUGUGUCAGGAUUUGGCGGGAAGACAGGAGUAUGCUAAGAUUGAUUUACCGACGGGCUUAACGAAGAAUGAAGUGUGUUGUAUUAAAGGUAUUACUAGUGAUUUCGAAGGCUUAGUGGUAGAUGAGGAUGGGGAGGGGAAAAGAAAGAAGGUCUCCAUUAUUAAAAAAAUGUUAUAUUAAAAGCAAUUCAGACACUCGAAAGGGAAAACUGGACUUUAGUAAGUUUACCAGAGACUAUGUUUAGAUUCUAUGUUAUCACUUAAUAUUUUGUUAUGGGUGUUUGUUUUUAUCUUUACCUAAAUAAUAAAAACGCCCAAAUUAUUUUUAACUUAUGUAAAGUUGAGCAGAGUUAAUAUCAAUGACUUCCAAGUAAACUAUUAGACUAGCUGUUGGGUGCUGCAAGAUUACUCGCUUAAUAGGGAUGAUGACUGGGUAAAAAAAAAAUGCAAUUCUAUUUAGUCCGUCAGUCAGAUAAUAGAAAAAUAUUAGAUACGUAUUUUUUUUACUUUAAUUUAACAAGAAAUAGCUUAGAUAACAGGCAUUAAAGUUGAGGAGUGGGGGCUCGCUACGUCACAGUUGAGUAGAAAACGUACUCUAACGUGACGUCAUGCGAAAUUUCAACUCAAUGUAACGCCGUAAUUUUAUGAUUACGAAAAAAAAAAAUACGUGUUUAAUAUUUUUUUACUCUCUACCUGACGAACAAACAUCCAAAAAUUAGUCAUCAUCCCUAUUGUUGUUUCAACACAACUACAUCGUUUUGUCGAUUGUAUUGCCGUCCCGCUUACUCCUUAGUAAGCGAUAUGGCACAACGCCCAUGCGCUCACGUUUCGUGCCAUAAUUGUAAUUCAGCGGAGCGACCGUCUAAAUCUCUAGCCUUGAUUCUAGCUGUGACUAUAGAACCUGUUGAUAUUCUUUUAAAUUUAAAUCCUAUUAAUAUUAUAAAUGUGAAAGUUUUUUUGUUUGGAUGUUUGUCCGUCAAUCACGCCGAAACUACUGAACGUAUUUUGAUUAAAUUUGGUAUACAGAUAGGUUAUAAGCUGAUUUAGAUAAAAGGAUACUUUUUUAUCCCACUAAAUAGUUAUUAUUUCUAUACCUAUUUUAGUUUAUUAUUCUUUUUGAAUAGCUUUGUUUAUCUAAAUUUGACAUUUUAAUAAUUCAGUAAACAAAAACAACCAAAAGCAUAGAGUAAAUAUGUAAAUAAUAGAAUUAUAACAUUGUAUAAUAAUAUUAACAAGUUCAUUGAUAGAAUCAAUGGUACAUUCUUAUAGAAUUACUAGUUUAUCACACGGACGAAGUCGCGGGCGGUAGUUACUUUGGGCAUCAUAUUUUCCAAAAAUGAUGUUGUUUUUGAGCUGAUGAUGAAAUUAACUUGAUGUUUGAGUUCGAAGAUAGUACAAUAAAAUACCAACGAAUGUCCAAUAUGUUUCAGCACUUUAUCUUUGAAACUUUAGAGAUCCAAUUCAACGCAAUUUGAAAUAAAGAUGAAAAAAAAAAACAGUUCUGAAGUUUACACAAAACUUAAUCGAAAGGAUUCUUUGAAAGAAACGUUACCGCAGAUUACUUUAGAAUAAACGCCAUCUAGAACACAGCGCCAUCUAUUGGGUGUAUUUGCAACCUAGAUGUCAAACGAUAUUGAAGAAUUUUAUUAAUGAAUCAACGUACACCGCCACCUAUGAGAACUUCAUAAAACUAAACACUAAAUAAACACUUGCUUAAGAAACAAUUAAUUAGAACAUUUUAUUUGUUAACAUUCACGACAUAAGCGAAUAAUUGAGAUGAUAACUAUCCUAUCCAGUAAGUUAGACCAAAAUACGGGUACAUGUGAAAUUUGAUUGAAAUCGGUUCAGUAGUUUUGGAGUUUAUUGGCAACAUACACCGUGACACAAUUUUUUUAUAAAUAUAUAUAAGAUAGCGAGAUCGUAUGACGGUUGCUCUUGAACUACUGGUUGUAUUAGUAUGGAUAUGUCUUUGGAUAAAAUAAAUGUAUAAUUGUUUUGUCGAUGGUACCAGCCAAUGAGCUGAUCUCACUUAAUAAUGAAUGACCGUCAACUUGAAGCAUACUGUUUGUAGAUUUUUCUUUGAUCUUUCAUUUGUUUCAAUUUCAUUUUACAUGUAAAAGCUUAUUAAAGGAGAAGAAAAAGAUUUUUUGUUUGCAGGUGUCGAAUUAAAAUAUAACAUUUUUAAAAGGAACUCGAAUUGUGAAUGCUGUAGGCAUUUUAAGUGAUUAUUUUAUACAAAGUUUUUACUAUUACAAAUAAAUAUUUUCUGAUAUU